UAUUUUCUUUUUUGGCUCAAAGGUCCACCACACCAUACAUGCAUUUUAUUUUCAAAUUCAGAAUCAAAGUGGAACAAGAAAACAGAGCUCUCUCCGCUUCUCUCAUUCAAACAGAACAGGAACUGCAGCCUGCAGGGGCCUUCACCUUGUUCAUUCACUCUCCCUGCAGCCAUGAGUUUUGAUGCGAACAAAUUUGGCUCCAGCCACAAAAUCUUCAUUGCUGCAAUUAUCAUUUUAUGUCUCAUUGUGAUACUUGUGAGCAUAUUUCAUCUCUAUAUUAAGUUUCUUCUUAGAUGUCGACAGAGAAGGCACCAUGCAUCAUCGUUGUACCCGCUAGACAUUGAGGCUGCACAAUCUGAAUUGGGCUUGAGUGAGGGAACCAGCACCGGGCUGGACCGAUUGGUCAUGGACUCGCUGCCAGUGUUCAUCUAUGGUAUGAGUCACGAGCUUGAUCGGGAUGAAGGUACUGAGUGCCCGGUCUGCUUGGGCGCAAUUGUGGAAGGAGCCAAGGUUAGGCUCCUGCCAAGUUGCAAGCACUUGUUCCAUGUAGAGUGCAUUGAUAUGUGGCUGAGUUCUCAAACAACAUGCCCCAUAUGUCGCACCCCGGUCCAGCCAAAGUCGGGUGAUUUGGGAGCUGGGGUUGAGCCAACAGCCCCACCGCUCGAGGAAAGGAGACCAGAUGAUGCUGCAUAAUUGGUUAAGGUUGGUGAAUCUCAGGCUCAACAUCAAGCUCUUCUCUGUGGCUACCUAGUGAUAGUGGGUCAAGGUUGUUGUUAGGUGCAGAACAUUUGCUGGUGGCAGUGAUUAUAGGCAAACAGAUGAUUUUCUUGUUUCUUGUGAUGUAUAGAUUAUUCAAUAUAUAUUUGGAUUGAUCAUGGACUAUCAAUAAGUUUAAAGUUUAUUUUCUUCGAGUCGAUGCUCAGGUGGUUAAUGGGGAUGGACUGUAAAUUCGUUGGUAAUAUAUCUAUUAUGGCAGUCGGAUCAUUAUUAGUUUCCAA